CGCUGGUCGGAGAUCAAAAUAUGUUCAUGUGUCGCGGAGGGUACUCGAACAGAGUUUCUUCCCCCAUCGAUUUCCAGUCUCUCUACGGAACUGAGCAGGUGGUGCAGCUGUAUCAAGUUCUGAGACUUUAAACUCAAAUAUGGGAUCUGAAGCCCCAAACACUACUGUGGCACCAAACUGCCCUGAUGUUGUACCUUUCUCGGAGAGCUACUUUGCAGAAAUAUCUACCGGGCUUGUGGCUGCUAUUGCAGUUGGUGCAGUGGUUACUGUAGUUAUUGUCAUCAUGUUCCUUGAGAGCACCUGGUUUAUAGUCCAACACUUCUUAGUACAGAAGACAAAAAUUCUGUCCAUAUGGAUGAUUGGCCUACAACCAGUGUUUGCAGUGACAGCCCUGAUAGCUGUGUGUAUACCGCGAUCCGCCUUGCUGUCGGAUCUGGUGGCGGCCAUCUGUUCCUCUUUCUGCUGAUCCACUACCAUGGAGGGGACCAAGCUCUCAUCGAUCACAUGUCAGGGGAGACAAUAAACCUGCGCAGCCCUCCCGUGGCCUGCUGCUGCGUCUGCUGCCCCAAGAUAGCUGUAAAUGAAAAGAUCCUCUUCAGAAUCAGAAUGUCUGUUUUACAAUUUGCCAUUUUAAGACCGAUCUUUGUGCUUUUGACUGCUGUGUUGUGGGCUGAUAACAAAUAUCAGAACGGAAAGAUGAGUCCAAAACAGGCCUCCCUGUACAUAAGUGUGUUGAAUGGUGUGUCAACACUUACAGCCAUGUACGGCCUGAUCCUUGUAUUCAGAGCGUCCAGAAAACACCUAAAGGUGUUCAACAUUGUCCCAAAGUUCAUCUGCAUGCAGUUAGUGCUUGUCUUCAGCAAUCUGCAGGGCUUAGUCUUCAAUAUUCUGGCCAGUAGCAACCUUCCUCCUUGUACACCAAUACUGCCUUCUACUGAACGAGGCAGUGUUUGGAACCACCUGAUUGUCAUUUUGGAAAUGUUCUUGCUUGCGCUUCUUGCUCGGCGCUUUUAUCGCAGGAUAGAGGAAACACAGAUCAUCACAGAUGUUGAUGUUAUGAGCUCAGGUGACAAAGACAAAGCACAGAAGAACGGGAAUUCUUCCUUGAACAAUGACACCAACAUAUUGAAAUACACCAACAGUGGAAUGGAAUUAGAGGAAAGCAUUACUUACAUGUAGAUGUUGAUGAGAGUGGACACAGGAACGGUUAUAUUGCUUAUUGAUGGCAAGAGAACUGUGACCCAGGAUACAGGAGAGUGUGUCCCAAAUGAAUAUUGUAACUAUACUUUAUCUCAAAAUCACAAAAGUCAUAGCGUUAGGAUCGCUUUGUAAAAUGGUCCAUGUCUCAUAGUCAGGGCUAUGACACUCGUUGGCUUUGGGAUUCACAGGCACCACUUGUAGAAGAAUAGAACACUUUCUUUUCUUUAUAAGUCUAUUCUUUUGUUGCAUUUAUCAACAUUUUACAGGAAACAAAUAGAGAAUCUCACCCAAGUGUCUUUUGAUAUCAAAUAUAUCAGCACAAAAACAAAACUCCGAGGUUUGCCGAGGAGUUUUUCCACGUAGAUCAACAAGUGUUUAUAUAUUUGAUAUCAAAAGACACGAGGGUGAGAUUUUAUUUAUCAUCCAACAUCAUUCUUCCAACUUUUUUUCUGUUUGUAGACAGCCAUAAGCAAUGUCUUAAGGGUAAAAAGUACUGCUAACAGCUUCAGUAACAGAGCUAUUAGUGGUGUCAUUUAAUUGUGACGUCAUGGUAACAAAUGACGUCACAAUGGUCUGCAAAGCAUUGUGAUGCAAUUUCAUUGCAGUGAUAUCUACAAUUUCAGCCUAGCGAUAUCACCCGUGGGAGCCAAUUUUGGAUGAGAAAUAACAAUAACCCCCGGGUGAUAUGAAAUAACAUAUAUCUCUGUACAUAUUGAACAGCGCGAGAGUGGAAACGUGUACACAGACUAACAAAAUAGAACAUGACAUGACGACCAGAACUUAUAAAAGGAAUCUGUUUUAGAAUCUAUGAAACAGGAACAUUUAGUGAUCAUGUGGUUUUGUUUUACUUCAUACUGAAAAGUCUAGAAUGGUGGCAUAGUUUUGUGAAACGUACUUUGGAAAGUCAAUAUUUUAAAAGUAUAAUAAUAAUAAUAAUAAUGUUGAUUGGAUCAUUGUUUCUCCUUGGAUAACCAAGUAGUAAAUGUCUCAAUGGUGUGAUAUUACAUUAUUGGAACCAUUGUAAACUAGUAUCGUUUGUGCAUGUAAAAGGAAGUACAUUAUAGUGUGGCUUAUCGUUAGAUAUGGUAUCAUUCUGUAGGAUGAAGUCGCAUUUUGUCGAUUGUUGAUUUCUUUUGGCAUAACGCAGUUAUUAGCAGUAUAUAGCAAUAUUGAGUUCCUGUGGACAUUUUCAAUAGUUUGUAUAUGUGGGGGUUGGAGUUAUGCCCCUUGUUAUGCCAAGACGUGUGUUGAUGCGUUCCGUCAAAAAAUCAUCUUAAUUAGGUAUUAUGACCGAAAUCGACCGAAGUGAAGCUGUAAUAAGUGGUUGACAUAAUACCAGAGACCGAAACAAAACAAGAAAUGGUGUCGAUUGACGUCUCUAGAUCCAGAGUUGGACUUUUAACUUAACCAAAAGGCACCAAAAGGCAAGUAACACUUGACAAACAUAGCGAGUAUUCACCCACUGUCGUCGGGUCUGAUAAACACUUCAUAAUUAUUAUAUGUGCAAUGAUGUUUACCUUGUAUAUUGGUUUGAGCCAUGUUGUUUUGAACGCAUGUGAAAAUGUUGAUCUGUAUUCAUAUUUACAAAGAGCAUGUUUGUGAACUUGUUUACACAAGUGACGUCACGUCAUUCAAAAUUAAAUAGUCAGCUUGGCCAGCUCAAUCAUCACCUGCUCCAGACGCAUGUCAAUAAUCCGCUGCCCGUAGAGGUAAUAACACAUAGAAUCCUGUGUGCUAACGACAUCAAAAGGAAUCCCGGACCACUGACCUUAGACGAAGUCAAAGAUGUCAUUUUGAAGGAAAUCUAAUGCGUGGCAUGUGACCUCGGAAAUCAGAUAACCACACUCACAAAUCAGGUUCGAGAUUUUAGGACCAUAUUUUAUUACCUUGAAUCAAAGAUGACCAAUCUUUAGAUUGACGUGGAAACUGUACAAUACAAUCAGAGCAUAAUGUUCGAGGAUGUUGGUUUGAUCUCCGACAAGUUAGAAAACGUGGAAGAGAAACUAGCACAGUUCGAUGGCGAGACGUUAUUCUCUAUAACGUGACAGAGGAAACAGGGGAGACGAACACUGAUUCCAAGGUCAAGGUACUAGAUAUCUUGAACAGCAAUGUUGGGUUAGUGAUGAAGGGGUUAGUGAUGACGUCUUCCGUUACAUCGGUCCCCACAUCUCCAAACCAAGAUUAAAUUACGGCUAUCUGAUGACAAGAUCGAAUUAUUGAAAGCUCGAACAACACUCAAGAAUAACGGUUAUGAAGUCUCAAGUGACUUAACUAUCCGACAAGAUCAACAACUUAAAGCUGUGAAAGAUAGAGGACUCAUUGGAAAUAUUUCAAGAAUGGUAAGCUUUAUUGCCUACCCCCAAUUUUUUGAUAUUGUGUGUUUAUUGGAGACAUUUUAUAAUUUUAUAUCAGAUUUCCCAGACUUAAACUGGCUACCUGGUUACCAAAUGUACUUUGCCCCAGCAGUUAAACUAUCGUUUUUAGGUAGAUGUUCUGGUGGUGUGUGUCCCUGCGUUAGACAAGAUGUUGUGAACCAGUGCAUCCACCUUAGCACCGAUAAAGAAAACUUCAUAUGUUUUAAAAUUUCCAAAAUCUGAAUUAAAUUUAAAAUGUGAUUUAAUGUUGUAUAACUAUGUCCCUCCGGCAGGUUCUACAUUUUACAAUGGGAGAACUGAUUCAGGUUGUCUUAUUUAUAAACUGGAAGCUUUUAUAUUGGAACAUUGGUCUGAUUUAACUUCUUCACAUGUGCUACUCUGAGGUGAAUUUAAUGCCCGCACAGGCAACGAAAAUAAUCCCAUUUAUGAGGACUGUGGUGCCUUUGGACAUGAUGAUUUAUACAUUCAUGUAGACAAUGCCCCUGUUUAACAGCCUGUAUCUCACGAUCGUACUAUCAAUACAUUCGGAUGCAUUUUGUCGAAUCUAUGCUUUGUUUAUUUAUACUAAAUGGGAGAGUUUACGGUGAAAGAGCAGUCGAGUUUACAUUUGGUGAUACAUAGGUGAUACAUAUGCCUUUUCUGGUUAAAUGUUUCAAUCGGAUUUUUGAUACAGGUGUUUUUCCUUCUGUCUGGUCAAAAUCAAAAGAAUGGAAACAAUCAUGACAAUUACCAGAGUAUAUCUCUCACUAGUUUCGCCAUUUUACGUCACUGACAUUAUGUUGACUUUGUUGUCUACUUAUACCUGGGCGGUUUCGGUAGGAACUCGGGAUGACCUCAAAGGAACCAUUUAUGGUUUAUACUUCAUUAUGUUUAUGUUUAUAUUUCAUACAGAACACUUUUUUCCAUCCAAACCUGCAGUGUGCAAAUAUAGAAUCUAUACAACAGACAAAACUAUACUUAUUUAUUAUGGCAAAAUAUUAAUUUAUGACAUUAUACAAAAAGGGGAAAUUUAAGAUAUUAGCACUCAAUUGUAGAUGCUAUGAAAUAAAUAAUACUUUUAAAAUGACACAAGUAUUUAGUUUUCUUAAAAAUAAAAAAGCCCAGAUUUACUGUCUAUAAAAUGUGCAUUUCACAGUUGAUCACGAACAAAUAAUUAAACAACAAUGGGGUUAUAAAGAAUGUUAUAUCUGUCCUUUUAAAAGAAAUGCAAGGGGUACAGCUAUUUUAAAUUUUAACGAUUUUGAAUUCAAGGUUAUGCAUUCAAUUAAAGAUAAAUAUGAAGGUAACUUUGUGGUAUUAGAUGUAAGUAUUGAUGACAAAAUAUAUACCAUAACUUAUAUGGACCAAAUCCGGACAAACCAGAAUUUAUUGAAAAAAUAAAGGAACUAGCAGUAUAAUUAACAGGAGAAUCAUAACAUGUUGUGAUUGGAAUUUAAUAAUUGAUCAAGACAAAGACACUUGUAAUUAUGAAGAUAUUAACCACCUCAAAGCAAGAAAGGAACUUUUGGAGACAAUGGAUAGUUUACUUCUUAAAGACCCAUGGCGAGAAUUAUAUCCAUCUGAAAGAAGAUACACCUGGCGACAACCCACACCAAUAACGCAAGCUCGUUUGGAUUAUUUUUAGUCUCACACAAUGUGCUACAUUUAGUUGAAGACAGCGAUAUAAUAUACCUAGUAUAAAUUCUGACCAUUCUAUUAUAUCUCUUACUCUUUCACUCUCAGACAUACAAAGGGGAAAAGGCUUUUGGAAAUUUAAUAACUCAUUUUUGAAAGAUAAAAAAACUUUGUCGCAAUGGUUAAAAAACAAUUAAUGAUACUCUAGAUCAAAAUGAAGACAAGACAGCUACAAAUGAGAGAGUAUUUACAAUUGAUGACCAACUACUUUGGGAAAUGAUGCUGUUAAAUAUUAGGGGAAGCUCAAUGUUAUUCUCCUCAACACGUAAAAAAAGAAAACAUAGCUUUGUAAUCCAGAUUAGAACAAGAUUUAAAUCGGCUUGAAAAUAGGUUAGGAGUACAAAAUACACAUAGAGAGAUGGGAGAAUUAAUGGAACAAUUAGAUUCAGCUAAACUAGAAUUGGAAAAUUUGCAUAGAAUAAGAACUGAAGGCUCUUUUAUGAGAUCAAAGGCCAAAUGGAUAGAACAAGGUGAAAAACCCUCAAAAUAUUUUCUGCAACUUGAAUAUAGAAACUUCCUAAACAAAUCCAUAUCUUUACUUGAAAAGGGAGAUGGUACACAAAUAAAUAAACAAGAUGAACUAAUUCAAGAAGGUAGAGACUAUUAUCAGAAAUUGUAUAAAACUGAAGAUUGCACACAGAUUGAUUUAGAAAACCUAUUUUCUGAUACCCAUGUGCCAAGACUAGGUGAUGAUAUAGCUUCUUCUCUCGAGGGUGAAUUGACUUAUGAUGAGGUACUUGAAGCAUUGAAAAAAAAAAUAAUAAUAAAAGCCCUGGCCCAGACGGGUUUUCAGCAGAAUUUAUAAAAUUCUUUUGGGU